GAAACCAUAUUUGGGCACACUGAACGAUUUACUCACAUGCAAAAGCCGAAUUUUGUUAAAAUUAUUAACAACCAGUGAAGCAACUGUUCAUUAAACACUUAAUUCUGACUUAACGCCUGCGGUAACUAAACCAAAAUGGACAAGAACAGCGCAGCGUUGUACAAAAAGAUUCAGACCGAGGUUGAGUCAUACCAGAACCUGCAAAAAUCCUGCGUCAAGAUGGUGAAGCAGCGGGCACUGCUAGAAAGCCAACUGAACGAGAACAAGUGCGUCCUGGACGAGCUGAAUCUUUUGGGCCCCGACAACAAGGUCUACAAGCUUUUCGGACCCGUUUUGGUCAAGCAGGAGCUGGAGGAGUCGCGCCAGAAUGUCGGAAAGCGCAUUGAGUACAUCUCCAAGGAGCUGAAGAGCUCCACCGACACUCUGGAGAGCAUGGAGAAGGACAUGCAGAAGCAUCAGGAAACCAUGGCCAAGUACCAACAGCAAUGGCAGGUGGCGGCGGCAAUGAAGUGAAAACCCUCUACAGCCACGCACAUUUAAUUUAUAACUUAUUUUGGGACAGCUUGGUGAUAAAACUCUCCUGGCACGACCGCUUUAUCUUAAAAUGAAUAAAAACCAUGAAACCCCGAA